UGAGCUGCAGUCAAGAGAUCCGUAGCUGCGCUGGCUGGAGGUAAAAGUCCUCCACUCUCAGCGGGCCUGGGGCCGCAGGAAACGGCGAGGCUGCAGUGGGGAUCUGGAAGCUGAGAGAAACUGUAUGUGUCUGCGUUAACUUUAGGUUUUAUAUGUGUGUUACUUUGACCUAAACGUACGGAGUCGGCGGUUUUCCCCCUCAAAGAAAAGAAAAGUAGUCCUAGGAGUGUGGCCCAACAUCCGUAAACAGUGAGGAGAGCCGCUGGGACAACAGCGUCGCCCCGGAUCAGGAAGGUGACAGAAGUGCAGAGGGCAGCGAGAGGCCCUUGAUUGUCCCGGGAGAAUGAAGAGAUUCCGGCGACAUGGGCAUGACACUCAGAGGGACAAACUCAAGCAGGAGCUCUACCAGUUCAAUAAGACUGUAGAGCAUGGCUUCCCCCACCAACCGAGUGCUCUAGGCUUCAGCCCUAGUCUGGAGCUCCUGGCCAUUGGUACCAGAUCUGGAGCCAUCAAACUCUAUGGAGCUCCAGGGGUUGAGUUUAUGGGACUGCAUGAUGAGAAUGCUGCAGUCACACAGGUGCACUUUCUCCCACGACAGGUUGAGCUUGUGACUUUAUUGGAUGACAAUAGUCUGCACAUGUGGACACUUCGAGCUCAUAAAGGUGUAUCAGAGCUGUUGGAGAUUGGACGCUUUACGCUCACCGGUCCUCCUGGUGCCAUUCCUAGCGUGACGCGAGUGACUGCCGUCCUGGCCCAUUCUUCAGGUGAGCUGCUUCUGCUGGGCACUGAAGGUGGCCAUGUGUUCGUAGUGGAGGUGCCUGGCUUUAGGGAGCUAGAGGAGAACAACAUCAGUGUGGAGGAUGUUCAGAGCAGAGUUCCAGAGGAAUAUGUAGGCCGCAGGAACCUGGAGUGUGUGGAGGCUCUACAAGAGAAUCCUCUCAACCCCCGGCAGGUCUUGAUAGGCUAUAGCCGAGGUCUUAUGGUUCUUUGGGACCUCGAUCGGCGGUGUGCCAUUCAGCACUUCCUGGGCACACAGCAGCUGGAAAGUGUGUGGUGGAUGGAGGAUGGAGGAAACAUUCUUAGUUCCCAUAGUGAUGGCAGCUAUUGCCAUUGGACUGUGACUGGAAAGGAUCCACAGACUGAACCAGAGAAACAAGAGACCCCUUAUGGGUCCUUUCCAUGCAAAGCCAUUUCCAAAAUUCUACAAAUAUCUACAAGACAAGGUCCCCCGUUCCUAAUCUUCAGCGGUGGUAUGCCAAGGGCCAGCUAUGGAGACAGGCAUUGUAUCUCUGUCAUACACAGCAAGACACAUGUAGCACUGGACUUCACUUCCCGCAUUAUAGACUUCUUUGUCAUCAGAGACGGAGAGCGCCACAGAGGUGAUCCCAGUGCUCUGGUGGUGUUGGUGGAGGAGGAACUGGUGGUGGUGGACCUGCAGAGUGAGGGAUGGCCGGUGAUCCAAACCCCUUACCUAGUGCCACUGCACUGCUCAGCAAUCACCUGUUCUCACCAUGUCUCCUCCAUCCCUCUCAAACUGUGGGAGAGAGUCCAGGCUGCCGGCAAAGUGCAGAACACACACUACUCAAAAAAGCCUUGGCCAAUAAAUGGAGGCCAGAAUCUUGCCCCAGACCCUCCCCAGAGAGACUUGUUGCUGACUGGUCAUGAAGAUGGAACAGUGCGUUUCUGGGAUGCCUCGGGGGUCUGCCUCUAUCCCAUGUACAAGUUGAGCACAGCUAUGGUUUUCCACACGGACGCAGACCCUAAUGACAACAUGAACCAGGGGACUGAGGGCGAAUGGCCACCCUUUCGCAAGGUGGGCUGCUUUGACCCAUACAGUGAUGACCCCCGACUUGGAAUUCAGAAGAUCCAUCUGUGUAAAUAUAGUGGUUACCUGACUGUAGCAGGAACUGCAGGACAAAUCCUAGUGCUGGAGAUAAAUGAUGAGGAAGCUGAGCAGACAGUGGAGGCUACAGUAGUGGACCUGCUGCAGGGACAAGAAGGUUUCCGCUGGAAGGGCCAGGCACGUCUGGACCUCCGGGAGGAGCCUGUAACAUUUCCCCCAGGAUUCCAGCCCUUCGCUCUGGUGCAGUGCCAGCCCCCUGCAGUGGUCACAGCAAUUGCCUUGCAUUCAGAGUGGAAGUUGGUGGCCUUUGGGACCAGCCAUGGUUUUGGUGUUUAUGACUACCAGCAGAAGAACAACGUCAUGGUCAAGUGCACUCUCAACCCCAAUGACCAGGUGGCUCUAGAGGGGCCACUGUCUAGAGUGAAGUCCAUAAAGAAGUCUCUUCGGCAGUCUUUUCGCCGAAUCCGCAGAAGCAGAGUCUCCAUGCGCAAACACAAUCCCACCAAUGCAGCCAAGCUGCAUGAGAUCAAUGCACGGUUAGAGGCAGAAGCUCUGCAAGAAAUGGAGUUGGCACCAGUCCAGAGGAAGAUUGAAGCUCGCUCUGCUGAUGACUCCUUCACAGGCCUCGUCAGGACCCUCUAUUUUGCUGACACAUUCCUCAGUGACAGCUCUCAAAGCACACCCUCUCUGUGGGCGGGGACUAAUGGCGGUGCUGUCUAUGCCUACAUGCUACGCCUCCCUCCUGUAGAACGAAGGAUGGAUGAUCAACUGACAGCUUAUGCAGCUAAAGAGAUUCAGCUGAUGCAUCGUGCUCCAGUUGUAGGCUUGGUGGUUUUGGAUGGGAGGGGAGCUCCACUGCCUGAACCACUGGAGGUGGCACAUGAUCUUGCCCGCAGCCCUGACAUGCAGGGUUCUCACCAACUGCUCGUCAUCUCAGAAGAGCAGCUAAAGUUAUUCAAUUUGCCUAAAGUGAGCAGCAAAGCAAAGCUUAAACUGACAGCAAUUGACGGUUCUCGAGUGCGUCGAGCCGGAGUGGCCUGGUUUGGCAGCAGUCGAGUGGAGGACUAUGGAGAGAGCAGCUUGGUGGUGUUGACCAAUCAAGGCGAGCUACAUGUGAUCUCUCUGCCGUCAAUCAAAAUGCAAGUGCACUACCCCUGCAUCCGAAGAGAGGAUGUGAGUGGAAUUGCGUCCUGUGUCUUCACCAAACAUGGCCAGGGGCUCUACCUGAUCUCUCCAUCAGAGUUUGAGCGCUUUUCUCUCUCUGCACGCUGGGUGGUGGAGCCACGCAGCCUAGUGGAGCCUCCCACCCAAACCAGACCCACAUCAACCUCAAGCCAAGCUCACCAAGACCAACCUGAUGGAGUGACUAAUGAACACAGAAACAUUAGAAGGAACAGCGACAGCUAUGAAAACUCUGCUAGACAAGUAAUGGAGCAUGCUUUGCUGAAUGAUGAGAAUGUGCUUCAGGAGAUUCAAAAAUCACUAGAAGGAGAUCAGAUGUUUUUGGAAAACAGUCUGAAGACUAAGCCAACACCAAGCAAGAUGCUGAGUAAUGGAGAUUAAGCCUUGUAACCUGUGCCUGAAACGUCCACUCCGGCCUUGCUGAAGACCUGAACACUACUGCUAGUACCACUACUGAACUAUGUGAAGCCCUGGAGAGAGGAACGCCUGCUACACCGUGGGGUGUCAAGGGGACCACCACCUGUGCCUGCCAAGACCAACCACUGUAUCUCCUAUUCCAUAACAACGACCGGCCCCAGCAUCAGCCUCUAUCUUUCAGCAUGCCCCUUCCGCUCCUGUGGGGCUGCAGCUAUGCCAUCUCAGUGUUGAAGGGCAUAAGACUGGUGGCAGGGGCAUUCCUUUUUUAUUUUUUAUUGUUUUUAUCUGUUAAUUUAAAUUGUUACACGCAUGAUUUUUGUAAGUGAUUUGAAGACCUCAAAAUCUACAUAAAUAUUGUGUCUCACAAGGGAAAAGAUACCAAGAGUUAUUGGAUGGGAUUUAAAACAUGAAGACGAAGCAGUCUUAGGACUUGUACUAAAGUGCUAAAAACAAUGAAGAGUCCUGAUGAACCACAUGUAUAACAAAUACUCUUACUAAGUACUCUAAAAGAAGUAGUAAUGCCUUUUCUUCCGUCCAGGCAACAAAAAAAAAAAAGAGAGAACAGUGUGUGUAGUUGAUGUAGGUACUUUUUCACUACUGUGUAGCACAUAUGCUGUAAUUUUUAGGGGGUACAACUUUCUAAGGGGCUUGGUUUUUAAUCUUUUUUUAUUGUCAGCUUUUUAUGCCAGUUAUGCAUACUGUAAUUUAGGAAUGUAAUUUUAAGAGAUUGUAGUCAAAUGUUUAAUAUAUAUGUAUAUGAAAAUCUGUACCUUGUUAAUGGUGGACUGUAUUUUCUGAUUAAGGAAAUAUUUUGGUACUGUCUCUUGAAAUGCUCUCAGCAUUUCUUGGGUCUAGAAUAUAUUUUUGUAGUUAAUUGAUCAUGUUAAAGAACACUACCAUUUGUAAUUUGACACUACCAUCAAGUCUGCUGAGUAAAUUUUUAAACUUUUCACCACAA